AUGAAGCCGUCACUCUGGCUGUUCACUGCAUGCCUGUUGUGGCUGAAAGGCUGCCGCUGUGCGCCGACUUGGAAGGACAAGCCUGCUGCUCCAGGAGUCCUGAAGGGUUUUUCUGAGGCUGGGGAGACCAAAGGAGAUGAAGAGGUGAAGAAAGCUUUGACUGGUAUCAAGCAGAUGAAGAUCAUGAUGGAAAGAAGGGAGGAGGAACAUACUCAUUUGAUGGAAACACUCAGGAGAUGCAAAGGAGAAAAGCAGGAGGCCCUGAAACUUAUGAAUGAAGUUCAAGAGCAUCUGGAAGAGGAAAAAGGGCUGUGCCACGUGUCUCUGACAGGUUCCUGGCGAGAAUGCAAGCCUUGCAUGGAGAGUGGCUGCAUGAGAUCGUAUGCCACCUGCCAGUCUAACCGGCCGUCUGUGAAAAGCACGGUUGGACAGUUUUUCUGGAAGAUUUAUCAGUUUCUGUUUCCUUUCCAAGAAGAUGCUGAGAAAGAUAGUGCAGCCAGUGAUCAUUCCAUGGAUGAAGACGUGCGGCUGGCGCAGAUGGAGAGUGUGUUUAGUCAGCUGGCUGCGGAGAUGAGGCUCCUUUUCAACAGCACUUGUCAUGUCUUCAAGCAGUUGCAACAGGGAUUUGACCAGGCUUUUCAAUCCUACUUCACAUCAGGCACAGACUUAACUGAGUCCUACUUCCCUCCAGCUUUACCCAAAGAGCCAACACGAAACGUCGACCUCGUGCAAAGUUGGGACCUCUCCAAUUUCUUCCAGUUGUUUUGUAAUUUCAGCCUCUCUAUUUAUCAAAGAUUCAGUGAAACAAUUAGUGCGACACUGCAUGCAAUACAAGACUUACCAAAACAAGACACAGGCAAGUAUGUGUCACCUGCAGGCUCUGCGCAGGAAGCCCUGGACCCAAAGAUGUCGCCUCCAUGGGACAGAAGUCUAUGUGAAGAGCUUGGCCAGAACUUGCCAGAAUGUUUCCAGUUCCAUACGAGAUGCCGACAAUGCCAGGAUUACCUGUGGGAAGCGUGCCCCGGAGUCCCUGUGCUGCACGCCAAGGUGCACGAGACUCGCAAGCUGGUCAACGUAUCCAGCCAGCAAUUUGCCCAGGUUCUCCAGAUGGCUCAGCAGCACCUGCAGGAUGCCACAUACCUGCUGGAGAAGAUGAGAGAACAAUCUGCUUGGCUGGCUGAACUGGUGGCAAACCAGACUCCAAGAUCUGAGGACAGCUUCACUUCAGUCAAGGGACUUUCUGGCAUACAUGAAGGUGAUCUUUCCAGUCAAGACGACAUGACAAGGAACUUCAGCACCCGCCUCCUCAGUCUCACGGCCGUCCUCCCUCUUGAGAAAAAGGCUGAGUCCCACCUUCACGAGCUCUGUGAUAACAACGGCUGUGCAGCGUCUUAAGAAACAUUUUAAAAAUUGGUGAGCAGAGUUCCCAGUUAGGAACACUUUACUGAUAGAACUAGAAAAGGAGAACAACACAGCAAAGCUAGUUUUUAAAAUACCUGAAAAAGGGGGUUGGGCAGUGGCGCAGUGGGUUAAAAGUGGGCGCAAAGCACAAGGACCGGCUAAGGAUCCCGGUUGGAUCCCCCCACUCCCCACCUGCAGGGGAGUCACUUCACAGGUGGUGAAGCAGGUCUGCAGGUGUCUGUCUUUCUCUCCCCCUCUCUGUCUUCCCCUCCUCUCUCCAUUUCUCUAUGUCCUAUCCAACAACAACAUCAACAACAACAAUAAUAACCACAACAAGACUACAACAAGGGCAACAAAAGGGGGAAAAAAAAAAAAAAAGGCCUCCAGGAGCAGUGGCUUCAUGGUGCAGGCACCGAGCCUGGGCAAUAACCCUGGAGGCAAAAAAAUAGAAUAAAAUAAAAUACCUGAAAAAUACGUUUGACUUCAUUAAAAAUCUAA